CUUUAAAAAAAUCCUCCCACCAUCACCACCAUAAUCUCUCUCUAGAUCUCACCGUUAGUGUUCUAGCAAGAGAGGGGAGUGGAGAGGAGUGAUGAGAGAGUGAACCUCUCUCUCUCUCUCCCCUACUACUACUACUACUACUCACUGGCAGUUCAACUCUAAACUUGACCAAAAAUUCACUCAAGCACAUCCACAAGCUUAAACUGAACUAGGCAAGAGGACGAUGAUGUCUCGUGAGCCGGCAGACGAGCGGAAGGCUUCGCCGGCUCGGCGCAGCUCGGUUGCCAAGCUAAAGACCGCCUCCUCUUCCUUGGCCAACCUCCUCUCCGUCUUCCUCGGGGCCAACAACUCCCCGUCGGAGCCGAGGCCGAGGCGGGGCUUCGAUGCCGACGGCGUUGGGCUGGGCAUCGUCGCGGCCAUGAGCCACGCGUGCCUGACCGGGGCCGAGCCGAUCGCGAUUGGCGCCGCGGCGGGGCGCCGUGCGCGCGAGGAGGCCGAGCUCUCCGAGAGCUACACGUGCGUCAUCACGCACGUGACCGGCAACGACGGCGCCGGCCGCAGCGUCCGGAAGCGCGUGUACUUCGGUUUCGGUGACGGCGGCGGCUAUCUUGUGGAAGCCGAUGAGGAGCCAGCGCCGGCUGCUGACUUCUUGAGCCGGUGCUGCCUCUGUGACAUGAGGCUUGAUGGGCUCGACAUCUACAUGUACAGGGGGGAGAAAGCCUUCUGCAGUUCCGAGUGCCGAUGCCACCAGAUCCUUAUGGACGACCGUGCUGAGAACUGUGGAUCUGAAGCCCUCAGGGCCAGCAACUACUCAGCAUCGCCAUGCUCUGCCCCGAUGGCCUUCUCACCCAGUGUCGCAGCGUCCUAGUUUAUAAUUUUCAUAAUGCCAUUGAGCUGCUUCUCAAGUCUGUGUUAGCAAAGAAUAUAGAGAUCGAACAGGCCAUUUAAGUGGAUGGAACAUAGAGUAAUCUCUAAAAUGCUUCUUAACUAUGAUAUGAAUAAAAGAGAGGAACAUAUUUUUUAGAUUAUGCUCACUGUAAGAUGUUAAGCAAUUCUGAGUGUGCUUGCAUUUUUAUGUAUGAAGUGGAGCUGAUUGGCUAAGAAAUUUGAUAUCCUAUCACUUCA